AUGGACUGUGGCAGUACCAUGGACUGUGGCAGUACCAUAGACUGUGGCAGUACCAUAGACUGUGGCAGUACCAUAGACUGUGGCAGUACCAUGGACUGUGGCAGUACCAUGGACUGUGGCAGUACCAUGGACUGUGGCAGUACCAUAGACUGUGGCAGUACCAUGGACUGUGGCAGUACCAUGGACUGUGGCAGUACCAUGGACUGUGGCAGUACCAUAGACUGUGGCAGUACCAUGGACUGUGGCAGUACCAUGGACUGUGGCAGUACCAUGGACUGUGGCAGUACCAUGGACUGUGGCAGUACCAUGGACUGUGGCAGUACCAUGGACUGUGGCAGUACCAUAGACUGUGGCAGUACCAUGGACUGUGGCAGUACCAUGGACUGUGGCAGUACCAUGGACUGUGGCAGUACCAUGGACUGUGGCAGUACCAUGGACUGUGGCAGUACCAUGGACUGUGGCAGUACCAUGGACUGUGGCAGUACCAUAGACUGUGGCAGUACCAUGGACUGUGGCAGUACCAUAGACUGUGGCAGUACCAUGGACUGUGGCAGUACCAUGGACUGUGGCAGUACCAUGGACUGUGGCAGUACCAUGGACUGUGGCAGUACCAUAGACUGUGGCAGUACCAUGGACUGUGGCAGUACCAUGGACUGUGGCAGUACCAUGGACUGUGGCAGUACCAUGGACUGUGGCAGUACCAUGGACUGUGGCAGUACCAUGGACUGUGGCAGUACCAUGGACUGUGGCAGUACCAUGGACUGUGGCAGUACCAUAGACUGUGGCAGUACCAUAGACUGUGGCAGUACCAUAGACUGUGGCAGUACCAUGGACUGUGGCAGUACCAUAGACUGUGGCAGUACCAUAGACUGUGGCAGUACCAUGGACUGUGGCAGUACCAUAGACUGUGGCAGUACAGUACCAUAG